CAAAUGCGUGACGAACCCCCCAUCAGGUCUCCAUCGUCCAAGGCAAUUAUCGUACAUGGUUAAGCACAAGAUAUAAUCUAUAGAUAUAUAUUGUGCGUUGAUGACGCUUCGCCAGUGACCGAAUCAGGACUGUUUGGAGCUGAAUGUGAAUCGUGGCAAACCCUGCCUGUACUCCUCUUGAUUAGAGACGAGAUGUCAUUGUAACAAUAUCGAAUCAGUGCUCGAAGUUUGUGGCUAGACUAAAAUAAUCUUACAGGUUUGUCAUUUGCGCUGAUAUGUGAUGAACUCAUUACACAAUGGGGCUGUCACGGCCACAAAAAGACGUCUUUAAAUAGGCUCGAUCCCCUGGUGCUGAUGAAAAACAACGAUGUCGUCAAAUCCAUCUUCCGCAUCGCUCUCAGCGGAACAACCCAAAAAUGAGUUUCACUUCGGUCAUCCUCUAUAUUUUCCUCACAUCACUCGCAUCCGCCCUUCCUGCUGGUGAUCUACCAAAUCCAACGCUAGGCAGCUGGACUCUCUCAAAUAAUUACAUCGCUUGUAGUGAUGAUAGCUGCUCAUACUCGUUCCGCCUCGAGAGGAUCGGUUCGUCCCGUCCUGACAGCGCUGACUGCAACUUUGUCGUCAAGAGCGCUGCCAACUUCACAGCCGGCCGAACAGAUUUCAAAAACGUACCAUGCACCUUGGGAAGCGAUUACCUAGUUAGCGGUGGACACUCGGCGAACUUGGGCAACGUUGUCCUGUACGUCUACGAAAUACUGCAGAACAAUUGGGCAUGGUUUGGAUAUGAUACCAACGAGUUCGUUUCCGGCCCAUCGAAGACUUCGCCCGUUUAUGGAGGGCCCGGAUUGUUGCUACAACCAUCUGCAACCGAGUGACCGAGUCUGAUCUGACGAGGCUGCUGUCUGCUUUGAUAAUAUGCCCGAGAUCUACGAGUCUGGCCCUAGGGCCGAAGGUGGAGGAUACUGCAACCUUAUGGACACUCAAAGCUUGUUUGUUACUAGUGAAUAUACAUAACGACAAGAUUGGUAUGGGUGGGAACGUGUUGACUAGCCUAAAAUAGUCCAGAGGAAACUAGAUUGCAUAACCUGAGAUGGGCUUGAUGUUUCAAUCAUGAUUAUGGUGCUAAGGACCCAUUAAUCCACAACCUAAUGCAUUUGCUGCUUACUCUGCUUGCAAUUUACGAAUCCAUUACUCAGAUUGUCGACAGAAAAGUACUUACUCGCUGUCACUGUUACCGGCAAAAGAUCUUGAAGUGACAGGUUGGAAUAACAUGGAAAAGUUAUAAAGCGAAACAUAAAUUUUUGGGCGGAAUACGG